AUGACGGAGUUGUUGCAAGACUACCGGGAAUUUCUUUUACCCGUCACUUCCAAAGACAAAGAGUUGCUUUUCGACUCUGAAGGAUUCGUGAAGCACACGGCAGAUCGCACGUCAAACGCCUUUUACGCAGCGCUGGUGGGAACACAGUUGUGGGCGGAUUUUGUACGAGAUCUCAACUGCAUCAGCGAGCGAACUGCUGAGCUGGAAGCCUUCGAUAACGCUAUUUCUCGUCUCCGUCUCAACCGCGACCAAUUGAGGGCUAAAAGUGGCAACAGUCGUAGCGCCGGGGGUAGUGGGGUUGAAAUUUCAGGAGGUGGAGGUGAGACGGGUUCUCAGGUCUCUAGCGGCUCAGGUGGCGACGCCGGCAGCGCUGCUUCUGCCCCUCUCAACGGUUUCUCCACUUCUCCUCGGGGUAGUCUCAGUGGUACUGAUGGCAGCAGUCUUGGAGGCCGUCCUUUGCCUCCUAGGUCUGUAUCAUUCCAUCAUGGCUUACUCAAAUCGUUCAAAUAG